AACCGCCACACUCGAAGACGUACAACCAACGAAAUCCGGACUGGACCUCGUGUUACCAGCACGACCUAAGCUGGGGUCUUAUCAAAAGCCAAUCGUCCUCGUGUCUCAGUCAUAUAUCAUCGACAUCCAUCAGCAUACCAGCCAUAUAUCGCUGCAACAGCCGACAUGCCCUCUGACUCGCCCCUUCCUGCUCACCAAACAAAGCACCUUCCCACCCUCACUUACCCCUUCAUCUACUCCACUUUCUACCUAGCCCAGUCCUCCGACGGCACUAGCAAUGGCACCGCCCUCUGGCUCGGCGCUCAGCUCCUCUCCGCCUACUUGGCUGCCGAGCUCAAGGACGUGCACCUCAAGACAACACGUCCACGAGCAGUGGAGCUGGGUAGCGGGAUUGGCCUCACGGCUCUUGCGUUGGCUUCGCUAGGCUACGAUGUCCUUGCUACCGAUACCGCCUAUGUUUGUGAUUCAGUGCUCCGCAAUAACAUCAGAACAAACCUGCCACAUCUCCACUCGACUCGUGCUGGUACCGUCCAGGUGCGCGCACUCGAUUGGCUCGUUAGCAGUGAUAUGUGGAACUGGGGUGAUCCAUUGUCUAUCACCCCUGCCGCUCAGUCAAACGAGGGGCCUGAAGCAAGCGGGGUCGAGGAGACGCUGCGCCCGCCUUUCGACUUGAUUGUAUCCAGCGAUACCCUCUACGACGAAUCCCUCAUCGACCCACUCUUUACCACCUUGCAAGCUCUCUUUAUUCAAGGGCGUGACACGACGUCCUUCUUACCGAACAAGCCCCCGGUCAUCCUCAUCGCCUUGGAACGGCGCGACCCUGCUCUGAUCAGCACUGCCCUAGCACGUGCACCAGAGGAACUGGUGCAAGUGCCGACCAGGAAGCUCAAAAAAGCUCUCGAUCGAUCUGGCAUUCGAUGGGAUGGGGUUGAAAUUUGGAGAGGUGUUGGCCGACUUUAGAGUUCGCCCAUGUGUUUUGGUGUUCCUCCACGAACAUAGCCGAAAGAUGACGCGGUGGCGUUCUGAGUCACCGUGACGUAGAAUAUCGCCCACGCCUGUGAAAAUGCAUUUCAAACUUCUGGUGCGGACGGCAAAUACUUGUCACUCCAACACUCGUGAUUCGCUAGCCUACGAGUCAUUACCGUGUCCAAUCGUGUUGUGCCUGCUGUGAGAUACAAUCACUACCUUCGCAGCGGGAUUAUUCGCGGAUCGC